UGCCAUCUGUGUAGAUACAUGUAAAACCACAAUCGAAACCGAAUACUACCGGUUAUAGUCGAUUAUAAAACUUGCAGCAGACGAUUUUUAUGAAUAAUUCAUAAAAAUGAGAUUGACAUCGAUAUUUUGCCGUAACGCUAGAGCACCUCAAAAUGAGAACAAAGUACCUUUUAAGGCGAUGCUGCCAUUAAAACUAAAGAAUCAUGUAUCCUCAAAAAAUCAGAAAGUAACAGAACACGGAUGUUUGCAAGAGUUAUCUCUGCUUAUAACAUGUCUUGAUCAAAAUGAGUAUGACGAUGCAAGGUGUAUCCCGCAAUUUAAAGUAUUGGAUCAUUGUUACAAAACCUACUUGAAAAAUGUAAAGCGCACACAAAUGGAACAGGAGCAAGUUGUACCUGUCCCAAACAGUAAGAAUUUGACACAUAAACAAAUCACACAUCUUCUACGCAGAUAUCCAACAGUAUAGUUUCUCAUUUUUUCGUUUAAUGCAUUAACAUAUACUAUGAAAAGAAUUUAUAGAUUAUAUCUUUCUCAGGCACACACAACAUAAAUUCAUAAAGCUAUAAAAGUUUGUAGUUAUAAAAAUAUUAAUA